UGGAACCUCAGUGCAGGAAAGCGCAGAGGGGUUAGAAAUUCCUGUAAAAUAGACUGCAGGAGGUGUGGGGUUUUGCCAUCGGUCUGUCUCUUGAUGGCAAUGUGCGACGCUGUUCUUCCAGCUCGUGACUACCAAGUGAAACUGGCACUGGGCCACACUGAUGGAAAAGCAGUCAAGCAAUUCACUGUCUCCAGCGCUGCUGCUGGUGCAACCGAACAGAGUUGAAAUACAAACUUGUGAUAUACAGCUCCCUCCCCCACUCCUCCUUCCGGUUAAGUGAUUAUCUGUGCUAGCAUGGGCGAGGGCAGAUUUCAACAGUGAAGGGGCUGUCAGAGACUUUGUUUGCACGGUGUCAACCAGCUCUUUUCCCAUAGGACGCAGCUAUCACUGACAAGACCAGGAUUGUUGCACUGUCCCUAACUUUCCCAUGUACUCAGGGGCUUGCUGGACAUCUUUGACAGUGAGCAGUUCAAGAGUCAGCAUUUUGUCCCCUGAAGUGAAUCUGAUUUGUAUGACAGUCGUGAUCGUUUUUGUCCCUGAGAUUGGCUUUCAUGUUUAGCGUUGACUUAGUGUUUUAUUAAUUUUGAGUUGAAAUCAGCCUGGGCCCCUCAGGGUGACCUGUCCACCGAUGUAUUCCCCUAUUUGGGAAUUGUUAAGCAGGAACAGUUGGGUGGUGAGUUGAAUGAAUGAACCGUAGCGUUCCCUUGAGGCUGCGUUGCGAUGCACGGGCAAUGAGCGUGUCUGACGGUGGUGUGUUUAAACUGCCUCUCUAGGGGAAAAUGUUUCGGUGCAGUGCAGACUGCUGCGAGAAUGCCAACGCCUCAAUGGAGGAGGUACAUCAGUGCAUCGAACGUUGCCACGCACCCCUGGCACAGGCACAGGCCACCGUCACCGGGGAGCUGGAGAGGUUCCAGAAUCGACUGCAGCGCUGCAUGAUGGACUGUAACGACCGAGCGAAGGACGCCUUCCACUCUGGAGUCAAAGAGCCUGACGUCAAGCUGAAGGUGGACUCCUGCGUCAGCAAGUGUGUGGAUGAUCACGCUGUCCUCAUCCCCAGCAUGACGCGGACGCUGAAGGAAUCAUUGACGUCCAUAGCCAAGUGAGGCAGCACCUCGGAUAACGAAGUCAGGUAAUUGUUCGUUCUUCUCGAAGGAAGAGGUGCCACAUUGAAGCAGGGAUAUCACGGCAAAUCAAACUCAAUAACACCCCGCCCUAACCUCCACACACCGCCACGCACCCACCCAACUCCACCACUUUCCAGCACAGGAGUCUGGUAACUAAUCUCUCAAUUGCAGACUUGAGAGCAAAGGAGCUUGCAGCAGUGUCCUCCCCACUCAGGGACAGAUCAGCAAGACCACAAGGGAGGUGGGUCAGGACUUUACCACAUUUAGCAAAGUACUCGAUGUUGCUCCAAGGCGGAACUCAGAGCAGCAAAGGCGCAUGUCGUCGGAUGGUAAUAAGAAACUGUAGCCUUUCUGCUCGCUCAGUCCUUGCCUUCUUUCUGCAGCCCAAGCUGGUGGAGAAACACAUAAGGGAUUUAAAGCCAGUUUGUGUGGCAUUGGGACAGCUUGACUUGACCCAUUGGGCAAACGGAAGGAGCUGACUGCAGAAACAUGCGACCCUUUGACCUCCGCUUUCGAUACGUAGCAUCACUCGGCUGCCUGGCUGCUCCUUCUAGUCACUGUUUCACACGGAUCGGGGGCUCAAUUUCACCUCAACCUUGGCAGAACGGUUCAGGGAAUCAGAAUGGAUUUCAACUCCAGCCAUCUCCACUCUUCAUGCUUUUCCUUCUCCAUUGAAGAAUAUCUUUGAAGAAGGAUGUUAGUUAAAGCAUGCGCGAGAUGAUUGCCUUCUGUCAGUGUCUGGCUCCUUGCUGUGUUGUCAAAUGAGCACCCGGUCUUUUAAGUGCAGGGCACCCAUAACCUUUCCCCUUCCAGAUCCUAUUCGAUCAUAAUUUGGAAAUGUAAAGAAAGCUGAUUUCUGUUUUUAUUAAAAAAAUUGAUUUCAGUCUCAUCUGGGUCAUGGAGUCGUAAAUCAGAGUCUCAUUUGGAAGCGUCAGGUUUCAAAAGGAAGUCAGCUCCAAGAUUCCUUGAGCUUAAUAAGGAAAAGGUUCCCCCAUGCUGUUUUCGAGAGCACACCUCCCAGUGUAACUUAGGUUUGAGGAGCUGGCUGAUUCUUCCAGCAGAAAUGUUUUGAGCUCCCCUUCGGGUGAAUCGUCAGACAUUUUCUGUAUUCCCUCACCCCACCCCGCCGCCGCACGGCUGGUUUUGCUGACUUUGAAUAAAGAAAUGUCGGCAAUUGAGUCUCAGCAUGAGACUCACUGGUACUCACUCUGAACUUUGUCUCUCUCGUGUGAUAUGUUGAUCCUCUGACUGUGGUGUGCACAGGAAGUGUGCUGGAGGUGAUAUGCUGACAGAGCUGAUGGCAGAGUCAGAUUCUGAAGUAUUUCUCAUGACCGCCGCUGCUCUGACAGUCAGUUUCCUGCAGGACUGUAUACCAAUGUGGAAGGGACAGGAAGUGUCAGUUUUUGAGUUACACCUUCCACCAACUUCUCUCCUCCGCGUUGCAGUCGUUUCUGGGAUGGGCCAUGGGCUGGAGGGUGGGAAUGCUAAAGACAACAAGCUGGUGCACAGGAUUUGCCCACAACAUGCUCGAGAACCUGUCAUGCUCUUCCCAGUAGAGUUGGAUGGUUCUUUGAAUCCCAUUGCUUUCAGCAAUACCUGCCUAAAUGGGAUGGGAGUCAGAGCACACAAUAUUUCACGUGGGGCAGAAUCCUCACAAGAUCACAAACCGGGAUCUUCAUCUGUCUGUGGGUUUUCCCACCCCGACAUCUGUGAUGUUUCAAACCCUUGAGUAAAGCCUGCCAUUCGUAAGCUUCCAAUUCGGAUUCUGACAACGAACCAUUGAAUUCAUGUGAGUGUGCUUUUAGCUCCAUGUAACGGGAGGGGAACAGUGCCCUGCCGUCAUAUCUUGAGAGACAACGGAGAAGUGUUGAUGAAAAGAGAGACAAUGUCACUGAAGUUUUUGUCCCCUGUGGUAUAAAUUAUGGUGAUCACUUGAAGUUUGGCAUUGAGUGCAAGAGGAAGAGCUUUGGGAAUAUGUUUCUUUUUGCAGCGCUACUAACAAGCCUGUAAUAAUGUCACGUUUGCCCGGUGAACCAUUAGACCUUGUGUUGUCCAGGCAUCAUUAGCCUUGAUUCCCUCAAGCUUCACGUCUCCAAUAGUUUUUGGACAGAUUUAAAGGAAGCAAUUGUAGUUAUGUUCUUGACUCUGCAAGGAUUCUGACACUGUUCAAGUUGUGUGUCAGGUAUAAGCUAAUUGUGGUUUUACUUGUGCUCUGGUCAAAAGACUGUGACAUGCAUGUCGAGUGAGGUGCUUUUUCUGAUCUACAGUGUUGCUGACCACAGCUGCUUCAUGUCAUGUCUGAACCACCUACCUUCAGAAAUGUGUAAUUUGCAGGUCGAUGAGAAUAUCGCCCCUCCCUGCAAACAAAAGCCAGGACUGAAAAAGUGCAUCUGUCUUUUGUGUAACACGAGAUGUAAGUGUGUGAUUCCAUUGAGUGCUGCCUGCCAUGAAGUCUUUUCACCUCUUGUUCAUCUCCAGUCUGGAGUUGGUUUAGCUGUGAAGGUUUCCUGUACGGAACUCUGUGUGUGCACGCGCGUGCAGUGUUCAAUUAAAGAUUUUAAUCAUG